CGAGAAGCAAAUUGGGUAUACAAUUGAAGAGAGUAAUAAGCAUAUACUAAUAAAUCAAAAAAAAAAAACAACAGAGAGCUAUAAGGUUGCAAAACAGAGAGCUACAAGGAAUCAAGAAAACCCACAAAAUCAACAGCUAGAAAAGCCUAAUACUGGUGUUAAAUCCCACAAAAAUCAAAUUUCAUCAGCAAAUAAUCAAAAACCAAAAGAUUGAACCUCAUCGUAGUUAAUAAUCCUAGCCAAAUCAGCAUUCACCUUCUUAGCUCCAGGCAGAACAUACCCAUUCUUCUUCUCCGACGGCUUCUCAAGCGAACCAUAAAUGGAGUCCAUUUGUAAGUUCGCCCCUCCGGCUACAUGACCAGCUCCAUUUCCCCUUCCAUUUGUAAGCUCCCACGCCUCUCCCAGCAUCACCAUCGCCGACUGGAAGGCCAUUUUCGAUCCCAUUCCGCCUUGUAUUUCCAGCUUGCCCUUCGUCCGAAUCCUCGAUCUCAUCGCAACCGCAUCACCGGCGAGCUCCCUUCGGAUAUCGGUCGCGUCCACCGACUCACCGUUCCUAACAUCACCGACAAUCUCAUCUCCGGCAAAAUCCCUCCCUCCAUCACCAACCUCUCCAGCUUGAUGCACCUCGACCUCCGAAACAACCGAAUCACCGACGAGAUUCCUCGAGAUUUUGGCCAACUCACCAUGCUGAGCAGAGCUCUUAUCAACCGUAACCAGAUCGAAGGCACCAUCCCUGACUCCAUUUCCAAGAUUCACCGCUUGGCCGAUCUGGCUCUUUCUCUAAAUUGGCUCUCCAGUACAAUCCCUGAGUCGCUGGGCAGAAUGGCGGUUCUCGGAACUUUGAACCUGGACUCCAACAGAAUCUCUGGCUACAUUUCGGCCAGCCUGUUGGCCUCGAGCGUGAGCAACUGCCCAGAUUUGUGAUGAGUACGGCGGCCUGGAUGGUCAUGCGAUCGUGAGAGGGAAAGGGAGAGAAAGAUAGAGAAAUUUUCAAAAAUUUAGGGUUUUUUUUUUUCAAAUCUGCACGGUGUGUUUGGG